GCAACGGGUAGCAAUGCGCGGAAGGUGAUGCGUGCGAAACACACAAGCAAAUAUGUAUAAAAUAGGCUGAGCUGAUGAGCAAAAAUACAAAUACUUGAAAAGUAGGUGAAAAUGUGUUUUCAGCGAAAAACAAAAUCGGAAAUAUAACGGUUCGUUAAAUAAAAAAGUGCAUAGCGGAAGAUAAAAACUAACGGAGCGCUAAUAAAUACAUAUCGAGAGAUGCCACAUGUAGGGAAACACAGAUGUGCUAUUAAAAUGAAGCGAAACCUGCUGCUUGACUUAAAAGGAAAUUAAAAGGAAAAAUGUGAGCAAAAAAUAUUUAAUAAUAAAAAAAAACAAAAAAAAAAAUUAAAAAUGAAAAAAGAAAUAAAUUAAAAAUAAACAAAAGCGAAUUACAAAUUAAGCACGAGUUUAUAAUUGCAAAAAUUAAAAAUAAAAAAUUAAUAAACAAAGCCAACACAGUGAAAGUGCAAUGAGUGAUGAACGGUUCAAUCAAUGGAAAAUUUCUAAUAAGCAAAAAUAAGCGAAAUUUCAACACACACACACACACACACAUAGGCAGCAGUUCGGUUCGUUGUAGCAAUAUAUAUAAUUUUUAAUAUUACCGUUAAUCACUGAAAUAUGAAAAUCAUAAAUUACAAAAUCUAAAAAAGAAAAUAAUAAAAAAAAAAUCUCAACAAUAACGAACAUCUAUGCAUUUGUAAAACAACUAAUCCGACUUGAAAUCCGCUUGAAAUACGCAAGGAUAAUUGAAGGAUAACACUGUUGCUGUACGGUUUCGUUGUAAAUUAGCACACGCUGCUCACCUUCGGUCUUCAACCGACAGUGCUCGGUGCGUAAACACACAGUUUUUAGCAUACAGGCGGUUAUCAGCAGGCCUAAGCACCAACAGCAACCUUCACAUCAACCUCAACCUCAACGGCAGGCUCAUCAGCAAGCUCAUCGUUCUUUGUCUGCUUGAGUUGUUGUUUAGCGCUUGAAUGCCGCGGCGGCUGUGUAUCUCGUGUGAAUCGCUUUUGUUUUCCACAUAUUUACAUAUAAAUAAGUAGCGCGCUACAACAACAACAACAAAAUGCUAUUUUACUUACUUGCCGCGAUUCGGUGUGAAUUUUGAGUGAAACAAGUGAGCCAAACAACUACAACAACAAUUACAAUAAUAAACAGCUAAGGCGUAACAAUUGAAAUUGCGUAUUAACUGCGUUGAGUGGGGAUUAGAAAAAGCUAUUUUCGGAAUCAGUUUGCCAACUUUCGUUUGUCAGUGAACGCAGUUAUUCGAUGAAAACAUGUCUAUUUAGAAAUGGCAAAAAUUACACGACGUGCCGUUGCCUCGUCGUCGGUAGCAUCAACAACAUCAACAGACACUUCAAGGUCAUCUAGAGCAACGAGUUCUUCCACUUCAAAGGCUUCCAAAUCAACUGCUACGGCAAGCGCAACAAUAAAAACCACAACGAAUGCCAAUAACAUUAUCUAUGGCGGUAAGCCAGCACGUUUGGCCGCAACGGAUAUGUCGGACAAACUGGCAAUGCCACUCACUGCAUUUAAUGACACUCCUCCUCUACGCAGUAACGGCACUAUACCCGAUAAACAGUUUACAACUAAUGGGCAUAGCGCCUUACCCGCCGUCACGAAUACAACGACUGGUACCGCUUCCGUAUUCAACGGCAUCAAUGGGCGACACAGAAUCUUCAUGGGCAGUGGACGACACAAUAAAAGUCUGGCCGAGCGAAGAAUUGAACAGGAGGAGUUCUAUGCCACUUAUGACGUGAUGACUGGUGUACGUAUUGCCGCAACGCUUAGCGGCUUCUUCGGCUUAAUGGUGUUCCUUAUUGUCUGGAAGAGUCGCAGUAGUUCCAAUGAGACGAUGAAAGUGUUAAAGGAUCCCAAAAUGGCUGCUGUGGCCGCCGUGUGUAUGCAAGAGGAGGAAGAGCGUGAAAUUCAGGAGGCGAUGGUGGCAACUGGCAUGUCGAUAUACCCGGAUGAAUAUGAUGCGAUUCUCUAUCGGCGACAACGAAUGUUAUCAUUGGGUAAUGUUAGCGCACCGCCCAUGCUAAACCGAGGAUAUCGCUUCUCGUCAGUGGAUAUUCCUGCUUUCGAAACUACAGGUGGUGGUGGCUACAGCAGCCUGCUGGAGCCACCUAGGCGUUUUUCCUAUUCGGCAACUUCUGGUGUAGGCAGUUUCACGGGUGGCCGCAGAAAAAGCGGCUCCGAGUCGUCACGUAUACUGAGUAACUAUCCUAUGGGCAGCAGUUUCGGCAAUGAUGAUUACUUUAUAGAGACCGAAGAUGAAUUGGAGUGCACCGACUACCCACGUAGUGGGACACAUCUUGACGAACUGCCCGAUAUGCCACAACGCACUGAUUCAACGAAAAGUAAACGUGGUUUUCUGGAGGUACCGCCUGCGGGACAAGAUUCGCGACGUAGCAGCGCAAUGACAUGUUGCAGUACUGAAAGCUCUUAUUUGGAGCGACGCUGUUCGGCGUUUACCUUAGGGCUGAGCAAUCUACCGCCGACACUUCAACGAAAACUAUCGACAGCCUCACGCACAUCGAGUACCGACAAUUGGGACUACUAUUACCCCGAUAUACAGGUCAUACAGCCAACACCGAAACCUUCGCCUUGUCCAUCGGAGCGUAGUCUUUAUGAACAACUACAGGCGCAUGCCAACGGUGCUUCCACCUCGAGCGCUAAGGUGACUGGCAAAGGCGCUGAAGCACUGCCGGACAAUUUACCCGUAGCCACCAUCACAACACAGAGUAAGACUGGCAGCACCAACACUGUAAUUACUGGUGACGUGAGAGGCGCUGGUACUUCAACAGAUACGCAGAAAAUUGUACGCAAGCACAGUAUAGCCUAUUAUGAUCCGGAAAGUGCACAGGGAGGACGUAAACAGGAAAUACACUCGAUAAGCGCCGACACGGUGGACAUCUAUCCUUAUAAUCAAACCCAUUACGAAACGCGUGGUACGAUUGGUUCCAGUGAUGCUGGUGGUACCGCACACAAGACACCACUACAAACUGCGCCGACCACAAGCACUCAGUACGGAUUCCAUUACACCGAUUCGCCGACGGAAGAUUCCCGUGGUAGUCUGCGCGGCAAGGUCACGGUAGUUGAACUGCAACGUCUCACCUAUCCGACAGAAGAGAUGACGCCGCCGCCCAUACCAGAGCACAAUAAUAAUAAUUUUUCAUAUUCCAGUACCGCUGCGGCCAUAGCGGCUGCCGCCGUUGUUACCGCCAACUCCAGUAGCAUCAGCAUCGAUAGCACACCCAUUAGUUUGGAUAGACUGAAUGGCAGCGGCAGUUUGGGCACCAUAUCAGCGAAAGCACUUUUCAAUGUAGAAAGGCGAGCACCGCUCGCUUCGCUUAGUUCCUUUAAAAUCUCGUCAUUAGAGUAUCAAGACUCGGAAGCGCGUUCCGUUGACGAGGACUCAGUAUUCCUGGAUAGUGUGGCAGACACCGAUGAGGAUAUGCAGCAGUUGAGCAGUGACAGUGAUGAGGUUAGUUUCGGUGAACAUGAUCCUACUAGUAUGCGCGAGAAUGUUGCGCUUGUUGUAACACAAGAUACCACCGGCAGCAACAAUGCCGAGGCAACGGCAACUGUGCAUACGCGACCGCAGCCACUCAAGUAUCCCAUCGAAAAGCGUUAUAGUCUGGGCGCUGCUAGCAAUGCCGGUGUCGCUGGCACGAAACUAUCACGUGCACGACGUCCACUGCUACAACGCCAUCGCACAAUCAGCGUUUCUUCCAGUGAUCGUGUAGCUUUGAUCGGCCAUCAGCUCAAAGAGUUCCAACACACUGGCAGCGGUAGCCAAACACCGACUACCAUCGCUGAAACGGUGCCGCUGGAGACGCACUUCGGUUCGAUUAUUUGCACCAGCAGCUCACCCACACAUCUGCGACGCGCACAAUUGCUGCAACAGUAUAGCGAUCCGCAAAGUCUGCCGACCACCACAACAACUACAGCCACAACUGAGGAUGACACCUGCUCUACUUUGAAUACGGAACUCUGCGGUGGUAAUGCUGGCGCACAGGGACCGAGCGGUAGUGGCAGCGGCAGUGGUGGUGGUGGCGGCACCGGCGGUGGCGGUGGCUCGGCGACUCUGACACAAAACAGCAGCUUAAAUACGGUCGUCAGUUUUGGCCGCUCGAGUCCGCUUACGGACAAUAACAAAACGAGCUGUAGCCUUAGUGCUGGCACAAGCGCUAACGUUCACCACCAGCUCUAUACUACAGAAAAACAAAAGGCUUCGAAAAAUCAAACGAACAAAACACAACCACAACUGCCAUGCUCCAGACUCUAUGAUGACUCUUGUGCCUCCUCGGUCUCCGACUCGUUGAUUAUCACUUCAACAACGCGACAACCAAUAAUUUGCAUGCCAGCAUCGCUGAAAAACCUCAUCCUACGCGGUUCCGGUGCCGGAACCAGUUCUACAACAAUCGCAGAUAAAACAGUGGACUCGCCCAGCCUGUUGGUGAGUCGCAGCGCUACUAAUUUGAGCGCGUCCAACAUAAAUACGCGUGAUAGUGAAGAUCGUUCAUGUCGUUCGGUUAUGCUGGAACUGCCGCUAAUAAAGUUACCUACCGAUGAGAGCUCGGAAAGUUCGUCUGCGUCGGAAGGGAAUGCACAACGUGCGCAAAGUAAGAGUGAAGGUUCACGCGAACCCAGUCUGACAAGAAACAGUCGCAAAUGGUCGAAGGAAACACUGUUCUAGCUAGGAACCAAAGCAAAACGUACCAGCUAUAAGAUGGGUUGAACAAACCGGGCUCAAAGUGACUACGAAUAUGGUACUCACAGUUCAAGGAGUGUUACAAGUAGCAAAGAGUUGAAAAAAGCAACGCAGGUGUGGCGUAAAAAAUAGUAUAGACGAAAGACUGCAGUUUGGAUAGUGCAAAGCAUCGUUGGAUCCACGUUGAGCUCUUCGACUGCCCCGCUAAGGAAUUGCAUUUGCUGUUGUGUGACACAAAGUUGGCACAAUAACUUUUUACAGGAGCUUAGUAUGUAUCAGAUUUUGCAGAAACCAAAAACCAAAAAACCAAAAACAAAAAUAAGGAACUCAAAAACGAAAACAAAACUAAUGAACUAUAAUUGUAAACUAAGAGAUUUAGCAUACAAAUUAUGUAAAUGAGAAUAUUUAUAUUUAUAAGUGAAGAAUACAAAUCACAACACGGAAACGGGUGAACUUAAAAGCAUUUCGUGCGUAAUUUAUGCGAUUCAAAUUGUUAUAUGUACGAGUAUUUGAUAGUAAAUAACUGCAUACAUACAUACAUACUUUAUGAAAUUAUAAGAAAAACAAAAAACACUUUCAUAAAUAUAUAGUUAUCUAGUAAUUCAUAAGCUUUAACAUUUACUUUAAAUUGAGGAGCGAAUCGGAACUCGAGCGAAUAGACUUCACACUAGGAAAUGGUAUAUUUAAUGAACUUGAAAAUGGCCUUAACUUUCUUCCUUAGUUGCAUAUAAUAAAAAAAUUUAAUUUACAGUGGGGAACAUAGAAAUUAAAAUACAUAUUUAUUUUGUUAACUUAAUAUUGAAUAAUGUUGGCUUGGAAAUAAUUAUAAUACAACCUUUGUGAACCGUAAUUAAAGAUGCAAGACUGCCUACUACUAUGAGCAAAAAAUAGUAAGACUUGGUUCAUUAUUUUAAAAUUCUUAAUUUAUUCUUCAAAAUCUAUGUCGUCCCCCUCAAAGUAAUCCCACUUGGCCCCAAUAUACUUGAGCGAACGCUUUUUCCAAUCCUCGAAACUGUUCUUAAAGUCAAUUUCCUUAAUAGCCUUCAAUGCGCGUAGCAAUUCACGUUUAAUGUAUUCAAAACGGUUUCUCCGGCGCGUUCGUUUGACUUUACUGAACAGCCGAAAGUCAUACGGAUCUAAGUCAGGCGAAUACAGUGGUUGUGGCAUGACAUCGUUUGAAAAUUUGACGAAAAACUCACAAAGAGUCAAUGCAGUAUGCGACGGGGCAUUAUCGUGGUACAAAAAGCAAUAGUUGUCGGCCAAUAAUUCUGGCCUCUUUUUACGAAUAGCUUCGUGCAAACGACGCAUUACACUCUAAAAGUACUCCUGGUUGAAGAUUUGGUCGGUUGGAAGGAAUUCGCACUGCACCACGCCUCGAUAAUCGAAGAAAACUGCAACAUAACUUUGAUUUUAAACUUGCUUUGACGUGUUUUUUCUGCUUUGGCUCACCUUUGCCACGCUAUUCGGCCGAUUGAUCGUCUGUUUCCGGGUCGUAAGCAUAGAUCCAAGACUCAUCGCCAUUAAUAAUACGUUUCUUGACAUCCUGGUAGUCGGAAAUCAUUAUUUCACAGACGUUAACUCGACGCUGUUUUUCGAAAAAAUUAGUGAUUUUUUAACCGAUCGUGUUUUCAGAGACUUAGGCCCAAAUAAUCUUCCAAAAUGGUUUUCACUGAAACUUCCGAUAUUCAAACGAUGCCAGUAAGAUCUCUGACUGUUAGUCCUUUAUUUUAUUGACAUGUUGAUCAUUAGUUUGUGUUGAUCGCCGUUCUCGACCCUCUUUGAAUAAUUUGUACCAAUGAAAAACACUUGCCGUAGGCCUUCUCCAAUAUUUUGUACGUUUCGGCACCACAAAUUUGACUCCGCAUAUAAAAUUUAAUAGAAGUACGUUGUUAAAUAAUUUUUCUCAUCGUUAAAAGUGCCAAAUUUACUUUAAGUACUUCAGACAGACAAGCGUAUACUAAACACUAAUUAUUAUUUUAAUGUGAAAUUUGGCACAGAUGUGUGAAUAAAAACUUCGACGAAUGGGUUUUCGCGCGAAAUUUAAAUUAAAAAGUCUCACUAUUUUUUCCCCACGGUAGUAAGUAGUGUGUAGAUGUGAAUAUCAAUGCCUACGCCUCAAGGAUCCGACUAAAUUUGAACGACGGUGUAGGUCAAGGGGUUAUAUUAACAUGCAAGGCAAAACACGCGUUUACUGUGGUUUUUUUUUCUUGAAGAGACAUUUUAUUAAGCAAAAUCGGUUUUUGCAAAAUUGUGGAUUCUCUUGAACCUGCACCCGAUAUUCAUGACAACUUCCAAAACAAGAGUCUGGCGGUUCCCUUGAACCUGUAACCGAUCUCCAUGAGAACUUCCAAAACAAGUGUCUGGCGGUGUGGUAAAUUUUUCUGCCUAAAAUUAUUUCAAAUUCAAACACUAAAAAAAGUUAUUAACACUAUAGAUGAUGAUAAAGACCAAAAGGCUAGUCGAUUUUAAACAAAAUGACAACUUUCCAAAAAAAGUAGUGUUCUGUGACAAAAUUGAGUGGAUAAAAAAUUCAAAAAUAUUAUUAAACUCUCAUAAACUGACUAACAUCAGAUAUAUUUAUAAUGUUGUUCGAAAAGAUCGAGUCAAUCGGUCCGAAAGCUUUAGAGAAAUUUUCCUCACCGUCUCUGAAAGGAAAACUGCGUUUCGAGCAAAAAACAUUUAAAGUUUUGGAAUCGUCUCCCUCAAAGUUUAAUUGAAACUUACAAGUACACUCAUAUCUCCGAAACUACUUAGCGAACCAACUACAAAAUUUCGGAGAAUAAUCUCAAACAAAGCAAGGAAUAUGCUAAAAAAAAUCGAUUUUUUUUAAUUCACAAAUGGACCUAAUUAAACCCUUAGGCCGAAUUUUGGAGCACCAAUGCAUUAGCGCUAAAUACCAACUACCGUAAGAUUGAUUGAGUGUUAGCUAUUCGAGCAUUAGGCUGAUCUUCCAAGAUCUAAGUUUCACCAUACUAUAGCGUUUGUGUUUGAAGCUGGUCUGAACAUGCUCAUUCAACAGUAGUCUUUAUACUGUGUUUUUCUCUUUCUACAAAAAAAUAUACAUACAUACAUUGACUACCUAUUAUUUUGACUAUUGUUUUGGUAGUAACAUAAAACAAUUUUUAGAUCAUUUUGAAAAAUUCGGCGGAUUAGACAGUCUUUGGUGUGAAAAGCAUUACGCAUGAUCCCGACUGUAGUGGGGACAGAAGCUAAAGUGUACCUAAGUUCUAGUCAUAUCAGUCCUCGGUUGAUCACAGAUAAAACAGUCGACUCGUCCAGCCUGUUGGUGAGCCUCGGGGCUACUAAUUUAAGCGGGUCGAACACAACUACUUGCAGGUAUACCAUGGAAACCACUAUAUAACCAGAAAACCAAUGAAUCAAUGUCCAGGGUACAAUAGGGACGAAGAUUUUCCCCCGACAUUUCAUUUAAAAAAAAUUUCGAAGUACUAUACAGAUUUCUGAAUAUUAAUAUUUGAGUAUGGAAUGGCUAUCCGUACGACUCAUGACAUAAUUAUGAGCUUUUGAACACUUUAGAGCUUUUGCAUUGGUUUUAUUUCAAACAGCACAGGCGGACUACAAAAAGCCAAAUGAGAUUUUCACAAAGCUAACUAAUAUCCAGAUACAGCCUUCGGAUGACUUAUUUGAAAGGUUUUAGGCAUAUUCCCUAAAUAUGGCCCUCAGCGACUUGUCGGCGUCACCCGUACUUGAAUAAGUAUUUUUAUAUACUCUACAACGUUAAAAACUUUAAGCGGUUUUCACUAAGCUAUUAUCGAGUUAAAGCCUUCAGUUGGGUUAUGUGAGAAGUUUUAAGUAUAUUAUCCGGUUAUAAACCCACAUUUCCAUGAUAAGCAAUGCAUCUAUGUCUCCUUGCGCUUACAUGUGAAAUACGCUCCAAUAUAAAUGCCUUCACUUCGACAAGCUUUUGUGAGUUGUGAAUCGAACAAAUAACUGGCAUAAAUCCAUUUUUAUGAGUUAAGACCAAUAGAAGCGCACAUUGAAUUCAUUUGGACCAUUUUUUUUUUUUUUUGUUACAUGACAAAUAAAACGCUUGACAAGAAAGACGAUUAUGAUAACCGACAAAGUGGUGAGACGAAGAAGACUAGUACAAUUCUAGAUAAACUGUAAAUAAUAAUGUUUUACGACGGAAUAAGCCUAACGAAAUAUCUUAAUUUGUUUGUGUGCCAAUUACUGUGGUAGAGCCUUUUUAUGGAAUUAUUUUUUUUUUUAGGAAUUCUUUUGAAUGAUGAUUAUUUUCAAAUACAAACAUCUUGAAACGAUUUGAGUGACUUUUUAACGGCAUUUUGCUGUGGCAACAAGCUGUGGAAGAAAAACGAGUGUAUAACUUUUUUUAAUUUUUUUUCCUCGUAGGAUUCUGAGGUUUACUUAUUUCAAGGUAUUUACACUCGAAUUAUGUAAGGCAAACGAGUGAAUAAUUGUUCGUUUGUUGCGUUGGCUGCUGCAUCAGCCUUUUGUAUUGCGUAAGGCUACUGACCUAAGUAUACAACAUACAUUAUAUGCGAUGUUUUCGUAAUACUAUUAAAGGUAGUUUACAACAUUGUAAAAAAUGUUGGAGUAAGGUUCACUAUCGGUUACUAUACCAUACAUAAUAUCGGUUAUUAUACCAGACAUAAUAUCGGUUAUUAUACCAGACAUAAUAUCGGUUACUAUACUUGCGAUGUUAAAAAAAGUUUUUUUUUCGUUUAAUAUAUUUUUAUACAGAAUAGCUAGAAUUUGCCGAAAAUUAAAGCCUAGUUAUUUUGGUGUAACGUCAUGAAGGCUUAAGAAUAAUGGAUAGCUGAAAAAUUUUAAAAUUUGAACGGUCCUUAUAGAAAAUAAUGAGAGACCAGAGAUAUUAGUGCAAACAAGUUAGUCGAGAAAUGAUGGAUAGAUAAGUUCAUAGCCUCAAAAAUUUUAAAUUAUAGAGCUUGCCUAGCCGAAAAAGAACUAGAAAGUUUAGUGCAAGCAAAUUAGUCGGAAAAUGGUGGACAGCCGUUACAACGACAGUCGGGUCUACGUAAUCGGAACGGAACCGAAUUUUUAUCCGGCCAAAGACUGUCAACUCGGUAGAAUUCUGCCGCUACAACAACAACAACAACAACAAAUGCUGGAUAGAUAAGUUCAUAACCUCAAAAAUUGUAAGUUUUGUCAGUUUUCUUCGCCGAAUAGAAAAUAAUGCCAUCAAGUUAAUCAAGAACUUCGCGCUAUUUUUACAAAACACGAUCUUGCAAAGCAGUUCAUGGUACAUAUCGGUUGUUUAGCAGUUUUUUUUUGGCAAAACAUAAAAAAUUUAUUCAAAAUUUCCAUAUUACAUAUUAAGUUCACAGAUUUUCCUCACAAAAAACACUACAAAAUAAACGUUCAUAGACUUAGUAAUAAGAAAUACUGUAAAACCAAAAGAAAAUGCAACAACUUUAGGGACUAUUAGCAUGUAGAAUUACUUCACUACUGAUAAAACUUCAAAAAUAUUUGUUUGUCAAUACUUUACUAUUACAACUACAACUACUUUAGCGGUAGCGUAUAGCAAAAUAGCUGCUAAAUGUGAGAAAUGUGUUUCAGAAAGCAUUGAAACUAAUAUUUAUUUAUAUGUAUGUAAAUGUAGCAAACGUGUGCCUAAAAGUUGACAUACGCACAUUUUCGAAAGGUUUCAGUUUUUGUUUAUGAAUUUCUGUUUUAGUUUCAAUUAAACGAAAAUUACGUAUGUAUUUGUUUCGACUUCAAAGCAAGUGUUUAGUGUAAUAGAAUAACAAAAAAACAUAUAUAUAUGUAUGUGUGUCAUGUGCGAAUAGAAACAAUUAGGACUUCUCUUCAUGCCUUCCUUCAAACCCACCCAAAGUGCAUAUACCUGAGAACAAAAAACAAAAAAUAAAUAAAAAUGAAAAUAAAAAAAAAAAAAAAAAAAUCUAUAAAAUCAAUUAGAGCGCAAAAAUGUGACUUAUGUCAUGCAUAUGUAUGUAAUUUUAGCUAAUUAAGUAAUUUAAGUAGAGAUUGCACGCAUGUAACCAAAAUUAUAAGAAGAAAAAAAUAGUAAAAAAAAAAAAUAAAUACAUUUUUUAUAAAACAAAUAAAGGUUAUAAUAAAAAAUAGCAAUACAAAGCAGUAAUAAUUGCAGAAAUAUCAUAUAAUAUAACAUAACUGUAUAUACGAAGAGGAGCAUAAAACGAGUUUAUGCAAAAUAGUGAGCUACUGUGUUUGUUGUUUGUACUUCCGCGCCAAACCAAAUGACAUACACACAAAUCUACAUACAUACAUAUGUGCUAGCUACAGCCACACAUACAUACAUACAUAAUUGCAAAAAUUAAUUUAUGUACAUACAUAUAUAUUCCAUGUGUACCGUGUGUUAUAUAAUAGUUAGUAUACUUUAUACUUUGUAUAGACCUAUUCCUAGUUUAGCCCACCUAAUAAAAGAGUGGCGUGCAUAUACAUUUACGCUAUAUUCAUAUAUACAUAUGUAUGUAUAGCACAUACAAGCAAAACCAAACAUCAAUACUCAUAGAUAAAUCAUAGAUAACAAUAAAAAAUCUAUGACAACCAAAAAACACUGAUUAGAUUUCGUACAACAACAAAAUCGCGUAAUCAUCUCUCGUAUUUUUCUAUGAAAUUUCAUAUUACAUGUGUAUUUACUAUAUUUAUGCAUAGAAAACCAUAUUUUAUACCUACAUACAUACAUACAUUUUAAUCAUAUAUGAGCUAGUACUCGAAGUCAAAUACACUGGUACCUUCAUGUUACGAAUAUACAGUAAUAAAGUGAGCAUAUAAAUAUGUAUGUAUAAAAAUAUAUCAUUUUCCUAUUAGAUGCGUGCAAACAUACCAACAUACAAUAUAUAUUUAUCUAAAAUAAGCCUUUUAUACCGUGCUAAUCACACAUACAUAUGUACGCACUUGUAAUUUGUAUGAAAACUAUACACACAUACAUGCACAUAAGUACAUUUUUCCAGCGAAUUUAAAACAAAACGAGAAAAAACGUUGAUUUCGGCUGCACCGAAGCUAUAAUAUCCGUUAGAGGUGCAUUUUUAUAGCAUAAAAGGGUAUAAAAAGAACUUUAUUCUGAUUUUGAUCGGUUAUUUUGUAUGGUAGCUAUAAGCUAUAGUGGUCCGAUUUGAGCCAUUUGUUCAGAGGUUGUAAGGCUGCCCUCGUUUAUAAUCUCUGCCAAAUUUCGUGAAGAUACCUUGACAAAUAAAAGAGUUUUCCAUACAAGGACUUGACUUUGAUCGUUCAGUUUAUAUGGCAGCGAGAUGCUAUAGUUGUCCGAUAUCGGCGGUUUCAAUAAAUGAGCAGCUUCUUGCUGAGAAAAGGACGUGUACAAAAAUUCAAAGCGAUAUCUCAAAAACUGAAGUUUCGCGUAUAUACAGACGGACAGAAAGACCGACAGAUAGACUCCUGGGCCUCCCGCUAGAUGACUUCGACGACAACCUAGAUAACCCUUAUCAUCCUAGUGGGGAUUGAUAACCGUUAAAACAACAAAAACAACCGACAAAUAGACGGUACUUAAACGACUCAGCUUGUCACUCUGAUCAUUUAUAUAUAUUUUAUAACGUCUCCGACGCUUUUUUGGAUGUUGCAAGUAUCGUGGUUUUACGUUUAUUCACUUCAAGGAACCUUAAAGCGUACCCUGCUAAAUCCACAGCGACCACAUUCCCCAACUGGAUGUAGCAAUACAAACUGGAUCUGUAACUUAAAUCUCGACAGUCAGCAAAGCCAAGAUUACGGCUGUUAAGUACUCCUCCGCAUACGACUGCGAUUAUUAACAAAAAACCGAUCACUAACCAGUAGCACCUUGGGUAAGGACAAAGAAACGUUGUUGGACACUCACAAGGCAAUCGGUCGGGCGGUCAUUAAUUAUGCAGCCUUCCUAUGGUAGUUUGAGUGCAGCAGAACGCACCUGAAGAAGAUACAGAGCUUGGACUAAUCAGAAUGGGAGUCAUGUGGCCUUUUUGAGCUCCUCCUGCAGGUUGCAUAGCCGUAGAGGCCAAGGUCGCAGAAGUGCGUUGGCAUCAGGGGGCCAAAUAACUAGUUGUCCACUCCCUGUGUGUAUUAAGGGUAGAUCAGAUCUUAAGAUGGCUCCAUCCAUUGCAUGUGUUACACCUGACCGAGGUGGAGUUUGGAUGGAGCCUUUUAGCGCAAACGAAGCAGGAAAAUUCCUACGGGCCCGGGUUGGAUUCAAUGCCAGCACGAGUCAGGAGGAUACGGAGCAACCCUACUGCUUAAUCUGCAAGGAAUGGCUCCAGUGACGACAAACUUAAGCCAAGACUUGCCGAUCUUAAGGAGGUUAGAUCUCCGAAAUAGCAUCAGCCGGUGAGUAGAACCGGCUGUUGUAGGAGUUGUUUGCCAUUCUAACAGAAAUUAGAUACCCGUUGCAACAACCACAACAACAACUCUUCGAAUGCCGUUAUUGGAAUCGAAACACCAGCUAUCGCAGAUCGUGUGCUUGCGUUGCCGCUUGAAAAUAGAAUGACUUCAACGCAACUUCGUUCUGGAAGUCAUUCUGGUUUCACGCGGCAACGCCGAAUAGACCCCGAUAUAUAAAAUAUAUGUCCUUAGUGCAAAGAGGCCGCGCAUGACACAAACCACCUCUUUGCAUGCCCCGCUAAACCCUCUCACUUAACACUCCCCUCGCUCUGGCUUGGGCGAAACAGCCCGUUUCCUAGACCUACCGCUAAGUGACUUCGAUUACAGUGCAGUUUUUGCAGUUCCCCCCAAACAGGGUUUACGUCCGCGCUACAACAACAACAUCUAACGGAUUCAUCCGACCCCACGUGGUUUUUUCGGCGAUUUAAUCCGAUUAUAUUGGACUAA